AUGAACAGAGAGUCCAAUGAACGCCGCAACCAGCGGAUUGAAGAGCUAUGGCGCAAACUUGACACCCGCAAUCAAGGCGAGCUAGACCUGCCAGCACUCCAGAAAGGCCUCCGCACGAUCGACCAUCCACUCAAGAACGCCGAUGCCCUUCUCACCGACGUUCUUAAAGCUGUUGACACCUCGGGCGAUGGAAGAAUACAGUUCAACGAAUUCAGAGUCUUUGUGGAGCAUGCUGAGAAGGAACUAUGGCAGCUGUUUGAGAGCAUCGACAAAGAUCAUAGUGGGGCACUCGAUAAGGACGAACUUCGUUCUGCCUUCAGUCGGUCUGGCCUUACCAUAAGUAAUGCAAAGCUGGAUCAAUUCUUUGAUGAGGUGGAUACGAAUCAUGAUGGCGAGAUCAGUUUUGAGGAAUGGAGAAAUUUCCUCAUGUUCCUCCCAGCAAAUCAGCCCAGUCUUCGCGCCGUCAUCACAUACUAUUCCGCGACUGCGAAUGUGAAUCAAGAAGGAGAUGUUCACAUAAACGAUACACUGCAAGGCUUUGGUAUAGUACCCUUUCCUCUUCAUCAGCGAGCACAACGACGCCGACAAAAGUCCAGGUCCGAUGACUGGUUCUUUUGGGCGCCGGCUUUCGGCCAGAUGAGUAUAUCCGCCUUGGUUACUCAAAUGCUGACAGACCUUCUCCCUCCAUUAGGCUAUUUUAUAGCAGGCGGUUUAGCAGGCAUGAUCUCCAGGACGGCCACUGCACCACUUGACAGACUAAAAGUCUAUCUCAUUGCACAGACCAGUCCGAAGAAAGCUGCCCUUGCAGCUGCAAAGGAUGGUGCUCCACUGCAGGUGAUCAAGAAUUUCAGUCGCCCCUUGGUCGACGCCUGUAAAGAUUUAUGGGCGGCUGGUGGCAUGCGCAGCUUGUUUGCUGGGAAUGGUCUGAAUGUGGUCAAAGUCAUGCCUGAAUCAGCCAUGAAAUUUGGAGCCUACGAGGCAGCGAAGAAAGCGCUUGCUGAGUUCGAGGGCUCUGAUCCCAAGCAUUUGCAUCCGACAUCGCAGUUCCUUGCGGGAGGAUUUGGAGGUGUAAUAUCACAGUGUGUGGUAUAUCCUUUGGAUACGCUAAAGUUCCGAAUGCAAUGUGAGACGGUCUCGGGUGGUCUCCAUGGAAAUGCAUUGAUUGCCCAGACGGCAAAGAAAAUGUGGAGGCAAGGCAGGCUCUUACCAUAUUAUCGAGGUCUAGGAAUGGGACUCGCCGGGAUGUUCCCGUACAGUGCCAUUGACUUAUUCAUUUUCGAGAAUUGCAAACACUUUGUGCUAGCGAGAAAAGCUAAAGCGAACCGAUGUCACGAGGAGGAUGUGGACAUGAGCAAUCUGAUCACAGGUAUCAUCGGAGCGACAUCAGGAGCGAUCAGUGCCACGGUUGUGUAUCCAAUCAACCUCCUAAGGACGCGACUACAGGCUCAAGGCACAGUACUUCAUCCACCAACAUAUAAAGGGAUCGCAGAUGUUACAAUCAAGACCAUACAAGGCGAAGGAUUCAAAGGACUUUUCAAGGGCGUGACACCGAAUUUACUGAAGGUUGCCCCGGCAGUUAGCAUUAGCUACGUGGUGUACGAGAACAGCAAGGCGUUAUUAGAGCUACGCUGA